AUGUCAAAUGAAGUAAAAAUAUCUAAAGAAUCGGAUGGUUUUGUUCUGGUCACUGCUACAAGGAAAAAACGUCGUUCAAAACAUUUAAAGCGGCAUUCCGAGCUUGACCGGGACAUUUUUGAACAUAUUAAACCAUCGCAAGAUUGUUCCGGCAUAGAUACCAGCUUGUUUCUGCAAAAUUUCGCAAAAACCGAAGAUGAUUUAGUAUCAUCCGACUUCUUCAGAGAGACUGUUAAAUUGGUAGUUCCAUUAUUAAACCAAGCACAAAUUAAAAACAUAAUUUGUCUUGGACUUGGAAAACUAUCACAGUGCCCAGUGGCUCGUUAUCAGCUUGCUUUCAUCCGUCGUUUAAAGGAAGAACUGGAACAAUUUGACGGAAAAAUUAAGAUUUUCGAUCCCGUUUUCAACCAGCAGGACGUUGAUAUUCUUCAGCGUUUAGAUACUAUUCUGUUAACGGAAAAUCAGGAAGGGAAGUACCUAACGGACUGUAAAACUCUAUUUUAUCUACCACACUGUCCCAAACAGAUCAGCAAUAAUCUGCUUUGGAAGAAUUGGCAGCCGGAAUUGUUAAAAAACGUGUAUCUCAUUUGCAAUAGUUUUGAAAAUAUUAUUGUCAACAAUCCCGAAAGAUUACUUAAAGAGAAUGCUGCUUAUAUUUUGAAGGCGGAAAAAUAUUGCAAAGAAAUAAGGCUUGAGAAUAAUUUCAAGCAUACAGAUAUUUUUAACGAUUUUUCAUUACACUAUUUCGAUACUUCGGCUUUACCUAAUAAUUCCAACUAUUUUUGGCAAUCUGAAGAGCCAAACUAUACGGAGGAGAACCUUGAAUUGGUUACCAGAAGAAUACAGGCUCAAUUGAAGUUUAUAAAUGGCCAUGUCUAGAACAGCUAGCGUGACAUUGAAAAAUCUACUGUCUGAAUUGAAAACUAUUACACCAGAAGCAAGUAACUAUAAAGAUUCGCUAGCAGCCAAGUAUGUGAUU